AUGGAUACUGACAGUAAUUAUAAUAAUAAUUGCCAACUAAUUAGGCUAGUUGAGAAAUAUCCCAACAUUUACAAUCAGAAAUUAUCGUCAUACAGAGACAAUUUUAAACGAAAGCAGGCAUGGAAAGAAAUACUUAAUGAUCCCUGCUGGAAGGAUUAUAAUAGGUCAUGCGGUUGUGAAGCUACAAAGAAGGAUGUUGUCAAUACGUGGAAAAAGUUAAAAAAAGGUUAUAAAGAUAGGCUUGCAUUGAAGAAAAAAUACAUCCCUUCUGGAUCUGGUAGACAGCCAGAACUGGAACAAUGGAUCUAUUUUGACGAAUUAAAUUUCCUUUACGGAAUAGUUGGAAAUAAGAAGACGUGCACAAAUUUCUCAAGAAAAAGGUCACCAGACAAAAAUGCCGAUGACUCAUAUAUUGAAAGUGCUUCUGAUGGAAGUAGUUCAUCUGAUUAUUUCGACGAUGAAGAGAAUGACAAUGCUUCCACAUCGAUGACAACUAGUAAAGAGGACACAAAUUCAUUUACAGACAUUACCACACAAUACCUGACAGUACUAAAAGAAGCCUGGAUGAAAAUUGAUAAAAAAAAUCAUGUGAAAUGUUGCGAUGCUUUAAUUAAAGUCAUAAAUGAAGAAAUUGAUAAUUAAAUGUUUCAUAUAUUUACAUUAGUGAUAAAAAAAUCUAAAUU